GGAAGAGGUAAGAGAGGGGGAGAGGGGAGCUGAGAGAGGAGUAAAGGGGUACGAGAGAAGAGCCAAGAGGUACGAGAGAGGUUAAGAGGUAAGAGAGAAAAGCUAAGAGAGAGGUUAAGAGAGGUUUAAGAUAGAAAAGCUAAGAGAGCAAAGUUCUUGUUACAAUCCAAUCUAUCUUUUUCUAUAGUGAAUAUUCUAAUUCCCAGUAACCAAUCACCACGAGAUACACCCACUAAAGAUUUUACAUACAGUGUUGCAUUUGAGGUUCUACAAGCUUUACAAGUUCUUCCCUUGCUUCUUGACCUUUGGGCUUUCUGUCAGCAGAAGGACAUUGUUUUAUCAGCAGGAUUCUCCUUUAGCUGGCUAGGCUAUUGUUCUUUGGUCAUAUAGUAACCAGUACUCUGUAUCUUAUGACUCAAAGCAGGCUUUUGUUUCUACUUCGAUUCUAGCCUUCUUUUUUCAGAAUCUUCUGCCAAACCAUCACAUUCAUAAGGUUUCCCUGUUUCACCCUCCCCAACAGGCAGCAAGUUGUGCUGCGCUCUGAUAAUUCCAUACUCAACCUGUUCCUCAUUUCUUAAAGGUUCACUUCAGCCUUGAAUCAGCAGGUCCCUAGGUUUGGUUUUUUAGGAUGCCAUUCCUGUUAGAUUUUCCCCUGUGAAGACCUGAGUAUGUCCAGUUUGACCUCCAGGAUAAUGAAGGGAGAGGAGCUCCCGUUGAUUCAAGAGUGAAGCAAGGCGUCCAUUCUUGGCCUGGGGCUGUUUCAAAUGGGGAGGGAUCAGUGUCCUGACUUCUCUCUCUCAGAGGCAGGGUUCCUGGACGAGGUGACCCAGGACAGCUUCGUGCUGGGCCCGGGCUACGACCGCCCCUAGCAGCUGGAGCCCGCGGUGAGGGAGCCCAAGAGCAUCCAGCUGUACCAGCACCUCAGCCUCAAGAGCUGCAUCUGGACCUUCGACGCUUAUUACGACAUGACCGAGUUAAUUGAUGUCUGUGGGGGCUCUGUCACCGCUGACUUCCAGGUAAGGGACUCUGCCCAGUCCUUCCUGACAGUCCACGUCCCUCUCUCCGUGUCCUACGUCUGUGUGACGGCACCGAGGGGCUGGGCUUCCCUGGAGCACCGCACCGAGAUGGAGUUCUCCUUCUUCUACGACACCGUUCUCUGGAGGACAGGGAUCCAGACGGACAGCGUGCUCUCGGCCCGCCUGCAGAUAAUCCCCAUCUACAUCCGCGAGGACGGACGGCUGGUCAGCGAGUUCAGGACGCAGGCCAAGUUCAGAGCGCUGUUUGUCACGGAGCACCACAGCCUGCCAGAUGUCAGGUCCUCUUUGAGAACUCCAGAGCACCUGGGAGGCAUCGAAUUUGACCUGCAGCUGCUGUGGAGUGCUCAGACUUUUGAUUCUCCCUACCAGCUCUGGAGAGCAACCAGCUCCUACAACAGGAAGGAUUACUCUGGAGAAUACACCAUGUUCCUGAUCCCCUGCACGGUGCAGCCCACGCAGCCGUGGGCAGAGCCUGGAGCCAAGCCCCUGCCCUGCACGGCUCACGCUCCCGAGCGGUUUUUGAUCCUGAUCACCUUCCAGCAGACAAGCCGCCCAGUUCCAGUUGUUUACUCCCAGAACGCAAGAGUUUCAGAUCUGUAACGACGAGAAGGUUUUUCUAAUGGACCCCACCAAAUCGGAAAGGUCUCUGGCAGAAAUGGAUUACAAGGGGGGCUUUUUCCAAGGGUAGGAUUUACCUCUCCUCUUCUGCUUGUGCCCAGCGUUUCUGCUUUCACAGCUUCCAUUCCCUGGAGAGGAAAGGGCAAAACCCACAGGUAGCUUUGCCUCUUCUACAGCAAUCAUUGACAUCUUACAGGCCUGUGAAAGAGCAGCGUGCUCUGGCACCGCGUUUUGUCACUCCCACCCACCGAGCCCUUCCCAAACAACCCAAACCCUUCUGAACACGGACACUUGGCUCUAGCAGCGUUUUCCUGCUUGGGAAAUUUCACCUGCCCCUCUUUGUCCCGACCUCCCCAGG